UCACUGUUUUGGUCUCCAGGCCAGUAGAUGGCAGUAAGAUGCUGGGAAGGCAAAAAGCUCCAUUCUACACAGGCAGAUUUACAGACUACAGGCGCUAGGAGCUGCAGAAGCGUUUAUCUACAGAUUAUAAACGUGAUUUAAGGAUUAAAAUGUUUUUUAUUCACAUUGUUUAAGCUCGUUUGAGGAGUCAGAUGAAAGGCACAGUUAGUAAAUCGCGCUGCAGGUUUUCAAGGCUGCUGUGAUCAUUAUAUUUAUUUACAAUGGCUGGGAUGUUUUUAAACACAGUGAUCUUUACAUGUCUGUGGACUCUGUGCUGCUGUUCAACAGCUGAUGACAGUAUGGUGUUGAUUCCGGGUGGAAAUUUGAAGAUGGGCACGAAUGCUGCUGAUGGCCGAGACGGAGAAUCGCCUUUAAGAUCUGUGAAAGUUGCCUCGUUUAAGAUGGACAAAUAUCCUGUAACUAACUCUGAUUUCAGGGAAUUUGUCAGGUUGAAUAAAUAUAAGACAGAGGCUGAGACAUUCGGCUGGAGUUUUGUGUUCCAGGACUUUGUAUCGGAUGAUCUGAAAAGCAAGAUCACUCAGAAAAUUGAGUCCGCACCCUGGUGGUUGCCAGUUGAGAAGGUGUUUUGGAGACAGCCCACUGGGCCAGGUUCUGGCAUCAAAGAUCGGCUUAACUUCCCUGUGGUCCAGGUAAGCUGGAAUGAUGCACAGGCAUAUUGUAAGUGGAAGAAGAAGAGGCUGCCCACAGAGGAAGAAUGGGAAAUAGCUGCUCGUGGGGGACUUGACGGAAGGACAUACCCAUGGGGGAACAAGUUACUGCCAAAUCGCACCAACUUGUGGCAGGGGACAUUUCCAGAUGGUGACACAGCUGAGGACGGAUAUCAUGGCGUAGCUCCUGUAACUGCGUUUCCAUCACAGAAUAAUUACGGAUUGUAUGACAUGCUGGGUAAUGUGUGGGAGUGGACCUCCACACCUUUUCCUUCUGCUCAGACCAUGUAUGUCCUGCGUGGUGCAUCCUGGAUAGAUACAGCUGAUGGAUCAGCCAAUCACAGGGCACGUGUCACCACCCGAAUGGGGAACACACCAGAUUCAGCUUCAGACAACCUGGGCUUUCGCUGUGCUUCAGACCACGGCUCCAAACAAAAGAAGAACAAGGGGAAAAGUGAGCUGUGAGGAUCAGAUCAUUCUAUGUGAUUUCAGAUAUGUGCCAUGCCUUUAAUAAUGCAUCUCUCCCGUGGAGACCAGGAUUAUACAUAUAUGUUUACAGGAAUUAUUUCUACUUAACACUGUAAAAAUAAAAAUCAUUUUUAACAUA